AUGACGUUAAUCAGUGUCGUCUCAUUCUUCGGACUCCUAUCAAUCACCACCGCUCUCACGUGUCAUUUUGGUGUCAAUGCUCCAAGGCCAAAGUUUAUGAUUGACUGCAAAUGUGGGCAACACUGUGUUCAUUUCUUCUCCAGUGGGAAUUUUUGGUCAUGUGGAUGUACGAUUGAGAGUGAUGGACAAGAGCACGAUGUCUGUGCGAGUGCAUCACCCCGUUUCGCUUGCUGUGCUGGUGAUGGAUGUAAUGGACAGCUCGGACGCGAACUCGAAGCGGCGCCUCCACCCGCCCCUCGUUUCGAAGUUCAGCGACCCGAGUUCGCACUCAACUGUGAAUGUGGACAGCACUGUACGCAUUUCCUCUCCUCAGGCAAGAAUAUUUGGACCUGUGGAUGCUCGAUUCUGAGUGGUGGAGUGCGUGAUUUUUGCACGGAAUCACCGUCUCUCUUCAAUUGCUGUGUCGCUUCGACGUUGAAUAUGAAAGAAUAUAAAAAGCACAUUCUUUGGUAUCAGUUUUGGUCGAUUAUGUUUGAUUUGUCUCUCCACGCAAUGAUACCCGAAUUGUAUUUGCCGGCGUUUUGUGGGAAAUUUUAUGGGAUCUCCUACACGGUAUUCGGGCUGAAUGCCAAAAUCUUGCAACAAAUCGGUACAAUCGCCCUCGGAUUUUUGGUCUACUCAACGACUCAAUGUGUUUUCUAUCGACAUCAACAGCUACUCAGCCACAAGAGUCGAUUACAUUAUAGAUUUUGGAAGAACAUUGCAAUUUGCAUAGCCGUUCUGCAUUACAUCGGCAUUCCCUCGCUGGGAGUCGUGUUUUUCCAAUUCACCGACUAUGAGCCUUCUCCUCAAGCGAAGGGGCUCACCGAUUUGCUCGAGAAAUUUCCCGAAUACAUUUGGGUGAAAUACGAUCCCGAUGUUCUGAUAGCUCACUCGAACCCGGUUCCUCCGUUUCAAAUCUCAUCAAACGCCGCCAUUUUUGUUGUGAUUCUUUUUGUGACAUUUGAAGUCAAUCUGAUCUUCGGCCUCUUGUUUUGGCACGCCUUCUAUCUUCUGGGCCAGCGAAGCGAUUUGAAAUCUAGCGAUGGACCACGUUAUUCCAAAUGCGGAAAGUAUUGGUGGCAGAAUCAAAAUGAUUGGGAGAAAGUGGUGGUCAUCUUCCAAGUGACAGCCGUUGGAUGGUUGUUUUUGUCUCUGGCAUCGACGAUUUUUUCAUGGUUUCAUUCUCUUCGACAAAAAGUUGUCAUCUUUCUUCUUAUGGUCACCUCAGCGUUGAGUACGGUUUUCCUGGGUGUUUCUGUCAUGUUUUACACAUUCAACAACAACGGGUUGCCCUAUCAUGAGAGAUUUGUGGAAAACGUCUCCGUCGGUUACGGCCUCUCCUUUUGGCUAGCUCUUUUGUCUUGGAUUUAUUCUAUUUUCACGACAUUCAUAGUUUUUUGCAUUUUUCUAUCAGAAUUCGAUUUGUUCGCGAAAUCCAGGAAUGUUUUAUUUUCUGAGCUUAAAGAGAAAGUGAUGAAGACAAAAGACGAUGAUGAGCCGCUUCUCAAAAAGCAGUCACAGCUUUACGAUCAUUAUCGUAUC